AGCAUUUCCUGGAGGAUUAAGAAUUUGAGGAUUUCUUCCACCACACCAUUACAAGACACAACACAAGACAGAGCAGCUAGAACCUGAAAGUAGAAAUGGUUGUCUACAAUGCCAUACAAUAUGUAAAAUAUGCUCUUAUUUUCCUAGUCACAAGCAAGCACUGUAUGAAAGAAGAUACCUGCAUACUGAAAUCAGAGGAGAGGAUCAAUAUAAAGACAUUGCUUUAGGAAAAGGAAAUCCCAAGACUACAAGAAGUUGCCAUCCCUCCAUGCAAUACUGCAAGGAUACAGUCUAGCAGAGGUGAUCUGGAGGGGAAGAGCUGCUUGGAAGUGCAGAAGAUGCACCGAGAGGAUUAUUAUUGUCCUACUCCAAGAGCUUCUUAGAAAGUACCUUUCCUCUGAUGCUUUGAAAUUAUUCAGGUGAAUGAGGUCUCUAGCGCAAGCUGAACAUAGCUUAGAAAAAAAUUUCAGGAACAAAUUUCAGGAACAAAGUGCACGUAUAAAUGGGAUGAAUGUCUUCCUCGCACUGAGAAAGCAGCUGGCCCAUCUAGCAUCUUGUUGACAUCCACCAAGCCUUUUUCCCCCUCUUCUCCCAAGUACAUUCACUUUGGUACUUAGCGCAGGCAAACUGGCAGCUGUGUCUAUGGGAAAUUCUAUAUGCAGCACAUCAUUGCCUUUCAUAAUGCCAGUUAGAAUUUCUGGACCAUAGAUGCCUAAGACAAUUAUUUACUGAAUUGGGUAAAGCUAUUAAUUCAACAAAUAAUCUCAGUUUUGAAAUCAGGGAAGUUACUUCUGCUGUUUUCUAGAACCCUGGCAGAACCACACUCAGUCCAGCUGCACGUUCUGUGAGUUUGGUUUCUUGAUACAUAUGGAGAAAGAAAAAAAUAAUUUAAAGAAAUACACCUUUAUCUAAAAAAACACAUCUUAGAAUUUUUGACUUAAAAUUGAAACUGGCCCUUUUUUUACAAACAUGGUACCAAAUACCACGUUUGGUUCAAACCACAAAGUGGUUCAGGAUGACUGUAAAACUUAGGGGACAUUAUUUCGUUCAUCACAGCACAAGGCAUAUUAGACACUCACAGAUAUCCCUCUUUUUCUCUUAAGUGAUACUCAGCCAGGAUGUACAUGUAGGUGCAUGCAGGAGGUCCUGACACUCUCUAUCAAUAUUCUCUCACACCUUCCUUUAAGUGGACACUUUGUGGCAAAAUAUUUAUAAACCAGGGCCUCCCUCUUCACCCUUUGCUUCCACGGUAGAAGCAGGGAUUCCACUUUGUGGCAAAUAAUUUAUAAACCAGGGCCUCCCUCUUCACCCUUUGCUUCCACGGUAGAAGCAGGGCUUCCACUUUGCCCAGUUAUCCAACAUCUUUUGCAGUAAACCUUCACUAAAUCUCAAAACCCCCACAGCCAGCAGAAAGCUCACUGCAGCUGGACUCGCAGACUACAGUGCUGUUGCUGUCACUCCCUUGACCCGUCAGUUGGAACGAUCAGAACACUGGAAAAGCAGGUUAGAGCCCCAAGUCAUCUUGUCAAGUCUUUUUAAAAAAGCGCGUUACACAGGGUUGCAUUCUAGAGGCAUUUUCCCUGCGUUACACGCUGAAUGGGGGUAAGAUAAAAAACCCUUCCUUUAAACAGACACGCAAGAUACACAACAACCUGCAGCGCUGGUAAAACCAAACGCAGCCACGCCACGGGGAGGGAGGAGACUUCCUUUUAUUCACCUGCGGUUACGGCGAUCGCCCUGCCACCGCUCCACCACUCCCCAGGAAGCAGGCACCCGGGCUGUCAGGUCACCCUUCGCGCAGCACCGGCUCCAGCGCCCUCAGCGAAGCCCCCCGCGGCGGGGAGGGCAGCCGCACGUGGCGGCGCGGCACGAGGGAGCCGUCGGUGCCCGCCGCGGGGCCAUGCGGCUGUGCGACAGGAGCCCCCCGCAGGCGCGGAGGCGCUGCGCGCUGCUGCUCGGCCCCCUGCUGCUGGUCGCCGCCGUGGCGCUGCGCAGCGCCACCCGGCCCUGCCCCGCCGGCCAUCCCCGCUGCCGCCACCGCCUCUACCGGGCGCUGGAGCUUUCCCCCGCCAGGAGGAUCAACUGCUCGGGGAUCGUCCGCGGGGACGAGAAAGCCAUCCGGGACGCCCAGCUCAGCAACCUGGAGGUGGCGAACAAAAGGGUUGCCCUGACGCCCAGCGAGUACCUGAACAUGGCGAGGGACUGCGGCAGCUUCAAGGAGACCCGGCGAUUCAUUGAGUUCCCGCUGAGCCAGGAGGAGGUGGAGUUCCCCAUCGCCUACUCCAUGGUCAUCCACAACAAAAUCGAGAUGUUCGAGCGGCUCCUGCGGUCCCUCUAUGCCCCCCAGAACAUCUACUGCGUCCACAUUGACAGCAAGUCUCCGGCCACUUUCAAGGAGGCUGUACAGGCCAUCGUGGCCUGCUUCCCCAAUGUCUUUGUGGCUAGCCACCUGGAAAAUGUGGUCUAUGCCUCCUGGUCCCGGCUGCAAGCUGACCUCAACUGCAUGCAGGACCUGUUGCGGAGUCCCGUGCCAUGGCGCUACGUCCUCAACACCUGCGGCACAGACUUCCCCAUCAAGACCAACGCCGAGAUCAUCCGUGCCCUGAAGGUGCUGCAGGGGCGGAACAGCAUGGAGUCAGAGAAGCCCUCACCCCUCAAGCGGCAGCGCUGGCAGUACCACCACGAAGUGGGGACAUUUAUCUCACGGACUGCCAGAGAGAAACUGCCGCCGCCGCACAACUACCCCAUGUUCACAGGCAAUGCAUACAUUGUGGUUACCCGGGCCUUCGUGCAGCACAUCUUCGAGAACCCCACAGCUCAGCAGUUCCUCGAGUGGGCCAAGGACACCUACAGCCCUGAUGAGCAUGUCUGGGCCACCCUCAACCGCAUGCCCGGCGUGCCCGGCGCCAUGCCCCAGAGCGACAAGUACCAGCUCUCGGACAUGAAUGCCCUGCCCCGCCUGGUCAAGUGGCAGUACCUAGAGGGUGACACCAGCAAGGGUGCACCCUACCCGCCCUGCACCGGCCAGCACCAGCGCGCCGUCUGUGUCUACGGGGUGGGCGACGUGUCCUGGGUGCUACAGCAGCACCACCUCUUGGCCAACAAGUUCGACCCCAUGGUGGACGAUGCCGCCAUCAUGUGUCUCGAGGAGCACCUGCGCCACAGGGCCCUCUACGGCCGGGGACUCUGAGGGGAAGCGGCCGAGACCUUCGUCAGCACCUGCCUCCUUCCGUAGGCGCGCCCGGCCGGCGGCGCCUCAGGGACUGCAGGAGGGGAUGGAGACCCGCGCCGUGAGGCGAGAGGGCGCGGCGCCCCCGCGCUGGCGGAAGGAGCGGCCGCCGGGAAGGACGCCGAGCGCCAGGGGCGGCCGUGGGCGCCUCAGCGCUGCCCUGAGGCGGGGCGGGCGCGCGAGGCAGCGAAGGGCGGGAACAGGCGGGCGGCCCUCUGGGGCGCGCGCAGGGCCCGUGCGGAAGGGCGGGAGCGCUGAGCCCCGCCCCCGCCCCCCCCCCCCCCAAAUCUCCUCAGGGGCAGCGCGCGCCGCGAUUUCCCGCCCGCCCUCUCCUCACAGACCGUCCUGAGGAAACGCGGAUUUCUCCUGCCACAGUCUGUUCCCAAAAGUGACCCCAGGGCUUCUUACUUGAGACAGGCAGGGCCAGGUCAUGGAGCACGGUGACUCCACGUCCUGCUACAAGCAGAGCCGACACUAGACUGAAUUUGCUCUUCUAAACAUCACCCAGCAGGCCACCUGCCCCGGCCCCUGCUGCACUGCUCAGGUGGAUAUCUGGCUGCUGCUUUUGCAUCGCUAAGUUCCUGUCAAUAACCAUUAGCCAUUAACAAAAAAGAUAUUCCGUCAA